UAUUGUCUCCCGCUCCGUGUGCUACUAUUGCUGUCUUUCCAGGCGCUCUCCUCUCGUAUCGCUCUCUACCACCUCACUCGUCUUGAAAUACCGCUAUGGCCACCGCUCAUCAUACCAGUCACCGUGCCUCCCUCCUCAACGGCCUUCGUACUGGCGGUGUGCGCUCUACCUCCAUGAGUGCCCCCCACACCGCUGCUCCCGGCGCUUCCUUCAACAUCCCUCGCUUUGCAUCCACCUCUGGUCACCAGUCCCCUUUCGACGAGGAGGACCUUGACCAAGUGGGCGAGCUUUUCACUCAGCAGCUUCACAUCCACAAUAACAAUGGUCUUUCUGGCGCCGGCCCGUUCACCCGCGCACUCGACGGUUCGAAUAAUGGAUUUGUGCGGCAGCGACUUGCCAGUCAGAAGGGUCUGAACCCGAACAGCGUUCCGUUCAGCCCGGCUUACUCCCAGGAAGUCCAUCAGCCGGUUUCUUCCGCCGACGCACAGCUUCAUGCAUACCAACAAAUGCAGCUGAUGCAACUCGAAAUACUGCGCCUGCAGAACGCCCAGAUGCAGCGCAACCAUCAGGUACAGGCCGUUGUCUUAGCAGAGGCUCUCCGCCAGCAAGCCAAGCGUGGCGCCUCCGGCCUGAGCUCGGCCGCCCCCACCAUUUCCAGCUUUGACAUUGGCCCUAACCCUCCAGCUCGUCGCCCUUGCCAGGCUGAACUGCUGAAGGCUCAGUUAGGGAUAAGUGGUACUUCCCCUCAAGAGAAAGUCCCGAUGACCGCCACUGCUGGCGGGCGAUAUGGCUCUAGGCCCACUGCCAGUACGAUUGCAUUCCCAUCGGCACCAGAAGUUCCCGAGAGCUGUUCACCCCCCAGGCAGACUUUCGUUCACCGAGCCGCGUCCUACAGGAGCUCACCACCUCUGAGUGAUGCUGCCGACGAAGAGAACGCGCCUUCCAAGUCUGAUACUGCCACUUCCUGGAGACGCGGGAGCACGACCAAUUCCGUACUCAGUGGUUUACGGACUACUUCUACUGCUUCACUCCAAGUCAAAGUUACUCCCCCGCCUGGUGAGCGCCUCUCACCGCCUCCUGCUGGCAGUUCGCUUGGCAAGCUCCGGCCGCGCCCGUUGAGUUUCAUAUCCACCGGUGCCCGCGGUGUUCCCACCGUUACCAUCGAUUCGGAGCAUGAGGAUACAGUGUCCCCAGCAAGUUCGGCUUCCUUGUCGAUCCCUUUGACGCCUUCGUCUUCCCACGAUAUCGCAUUCCUUUCUCCCCGCGAGGAAGCCACGAAGAAGUUGUAUGAAGGGCUUGGGGUUGGUCGUCCCGCGCCUUCCGUCGUUCCCAGCCUCCCAUUGGCGCCGCCACAGAGACUCGUUAGUCAGCCCAUUAGGCAACCUCGUGGACCGCCCUCUGGCGCUGAUGAACUUGGUCCGAAAAACUUUGCCAGUAGGAUCAGGCGUAGGGCCAUUGGUGGACUCAAUGUGCUCAUGGAUGCGCGUGAGCGCCGGGAGUUCGAUCGAGGUUUACUGAGAGCAUCACGAAAACUGCGAAGGUCGCAACCAACAAGCUUUUUCUUUCGAUUUUUUCUUUCUCUAACGCUUUCGAUUCAUGCCUUCCAUUCCUUGUCGCUUCAAGCAACCUAUCUGUUCGGCGCUCCGACUGCUGGUAGCAGACCAUCGGAGGCACGACCCAAAUAAUGGACACGUGUACCCACGUCAUUUUUCACCCUUACCACCCUUCAAACUUUAUCCAACGGACCUGUGUUACCACCGCAGUCCUCUGGUCUACUUUCAACCGACCUGUCUCGUCUCUUGACCGUACGUUCUUUUUGUGAACCGUUAGUUGUAGAAGUAGGCAGAUUGGGCGUUCAGGUGCAAUGGGAAGUUGAUCUUCCUUCACCUACGUGAUAAAAAUCAUUUCGAUGCUCACUCUCGUGUUCACCGUCGAGAAUUGUAUUGUUUGAUGUGUGUCCUGUUCAUGAAGGCGUGCAAC